CUAUCUGUUUGCGUUCGAGAUUUGAUAGAAGCCGAAGUGAGAUUAUUUGACUUCGUCGCUCGUAGCAAGUAGCAGUCCGCGAAAAGUUUUAACGAGUGGAAGGAGGGCAAGGUUUUUUCCUCACGAGUGUUGAGCUUUGUUGUAAUAUUCUGCGUUUUUCUUUUUUUGUUCCUGAAAAUACAGAUCAUUUUUGCUGAGAACAAAGGUUAACUGUAAAUCUUUUUCUUUGAACGAAGUGAGGCAGGGGUAAAUUUUGCGUAAACCGGAUAGUUCUAGAGAACGCAAAGUUCUGCCGUAGUAGGCGCUGUUGCAUUAUUUUCUUCACUAAUUUGCAGAUUUGUGUGGUAUAUCAAUUGAAAAUUGGAUCGAAAUGGCGACUGAAAGCCAAAAUGAGACACUGCCAUCAACGGAACGUUCGGCCCCAUUAGAAGAUAAACCGAAAGAGGUUACCAAACGCACAAUUCGCUUGGAAACAUGGCAAAAGAUCAAGGAUCAAAAACUCUCACCUUUACGUCGUUUUACCGUGUUCAACAAAAUUCCGAACUUUGCUGGGUCCGAGAAAGCCGCAGAAUUGUUAGGUGAAACUGAGGAAUUCAAGAAAGCUAAUUCCAUCAAAGUGAACAUUGACAUGGCCCAGGAACCAAUCAAGCUGGAAGUGAUCAAAGCCCACAAAACGUUGUUUGUGCCACCGGCUCAGAAAUCACCGAACGUGUAUGCAAAAAUCAAAAAUUGCGACCCAGAUGUACUCGAUCUGGCCGUGCAAAAGAAGAUCAUUAAACUGCAAGGCGCUGAGGACACGUUUGAAGAGAUUGGUAUCAACGGCGUCGAGAAGUUGGACAUGAUUGUGGUGGGAUCAUGUGCAGUUGACCGACGAGGUCAUCGAAUCGGCAAGGGUAAUGGAUAUGUCGAUCUGGAUGUCGGUAUUCUAACUUACCUGGGCGUAAUCACAAAGGACACAGUGAUCGUGACCACAGUGCACGAUGUACAACUGUAUGACACUCUGCCAGAUAACCUGUUCCAGAGCUAUGAUCUCCCUCUGGAUCUGAUCGUAACCCCAACCGAAGUGAUUCGUAUUAAUAAACGACUUUCUCGGCCUACCGGAAUUGAGUGGAAUCUUCUGUCCUCGAGGAGAUUAGAGAUCGUCCCAGUUCUUAAAAGUAUCAAAGAACGCGAAGAAAAGUCUGGUAAGGUGAUUGAGCUGAAGUCGGAAGACACCGACGUUGAAAGUUACCAGCAGAAAGCUCGUCAGAGACGAUCUUUCCGACGAACUCAGUCUGGUACCCGGCGACGCCGUCGAUCGGACCGAAGGGUCAGUGAAAAGCAUCAAAAUGGCACCGCUGAAAGCCACGAAGAUGGAGAACACAAUGAGAAAACCGAUGGCGAAGGAGAAGAUGGCAAGACAAAACAACGGCCCAUUCGAAAGCCCCGAAAUUCGAGACGCGGGCCGCGAAGGUCGGGUAAGGAGACAGGUGAAUCCGGAGCGGAAAAGUCUGAAGGGGAGGACAACGACAAAAGGGAUGGCCAAGAUGGAGAUAGGAAGAAAGGCGAUCGUCGCAAUCAGCGUGGUCGUCGUCGACCAAAUCCCAAAGGAGACAGAAAAUAUGGUAGAACAGAGCGGGAUUUGUGCAUCCGGGUGACGAAUAUCAGCCGUUCGAUGAGGAUCAAAGAUUUGAAGCAGGAACUGCGUACUCGAGAUUGUAAUCCUAUUUUCAUAACCUGGAACGGAUUCUAUGGCAAAUGCUAUUUGCAUUUCCAAAAGAAAUCAGAACAAAAUGAUGACGAGCAGGGUGCCGAAUUGUUGAAACAAUUGGAAAAUUUGACACUUACUGUGACGCCGCGGGAAAAGGAUGGAGAACCGACGGCCGAGCCCAAGCAAGUCACACUAUCAUGCGAAAUUAUGAAACGGAAAGAAGGAGGCGGUGGUGAUGUUACCAACACUACGACCACUAACGGAACAGUUCUGGAAGGUAGUCGAAUUGAGACAACUGACGUGACUUCUGUCUAAUAGACAUAGAAGCCUCGACAGACACUAUUCCAGAAAUGAAGUUAGUGCGAACAGAGUGCAAAAUAUCGGACAUACCGAUUUCCGGUGAUAUUGUGAACCGGAAGCGGCCUUCGUCGUAACCAGCGUGUCGUCCAAUCUCUUUGUUAGUUUUCCUCACAUCCACGUUGUUUCGAGAUUGUUUUUACUAAUGGAAGGAGGAGGAAAUGCAGGCCGCCACAAUCGUUGCAGUCGUAAACGCUAAAAUGCAUGAGGAUUCGUUUUGAUGGUAUUCGUUUGAAGGUACUCUCAUCACUGUGCUUCCCCGAACAAAUUUGAUUUUUGGACAUGAUUUGUGGUACGCCCUUAUAGUGGAUACACAGAACUCAACCAUUCGCGCUUGUUGCGAGGUUUUGCUGGACUUUUACUUUGCAACCAAAACGAAAAAGCGCCAUCUUUUUCCUAAAAAGGUAAAUCGAACAAAGAUGCUAUUUUGUUACUAACCCAAGAGCACACGUAUCCUUCGAAGAUUAUUUAUGAUCAUGUUGUACUAAUAAGCCUUCCCUUCCAAUAUCUCAAACACAUACACACAUACAUGCAAAGCAAACAUUCUCCGCAAAGAGAAACGCGAAGCCGCCGAGGAGCGCGCGAGAGAUCCGAAUUUUGCCACCUUGUGUCGAAAACAAAUCGAUAAUUUUUAGAUGAAACGAAGCGAAGCAGAAACAAAUACAAACCCGAUUGUGUAUAAUACUGAAAUGUGCACUAGAAGCCGAGAUUUUUUACUAGUGGAAAAUAAGCAAUUCUUUUUCCUGCUAAACGGACAAGUGAGACGAAUUAUUGAACUAUCGUGCUAGCCACUUAAAUACAACAGCAAAAUCAACCACUCAACUUUACCAUUACUCUGUUAAAAGGACAAUUUUUGAAUGAAUUACUAUUUAAACAUAUACAUAUAUUCAAGCCACUGCUGGUAUAUAGGAACAACCAAUUUUGAAGCAAUGAACAUUUUUCAGGUUAAAGAAUAUGCAUUGGAAGAACGAAAUACUUAACCAUCUAAUUGUGCAUAGAAACGAAAGAGAUUCGGAACUGCACAUGCCUGUUUAUAACAAUAUAAUAUUCAUGUUGAUUGAAAAAGAACAUUUUCUUCUUUGCAAUUGAACAAGACAUGGAAACUCAAAAACGUUAGGCAAUAAAAAACGUUGAAGCGUGAGCAAAGUGACGCAAAGUAGCGUUUUUGUACUCAAGAACCAGAUUUUUUAGUUAUAUUAUUAUAAGGAUUAGUUCAGUUUUGACCGCGUGAACUACAAAUAGACAAAGUAAUUUAUCUUGCAGUCACCAGUUGAAAAUAUACAUGUUUGUUAAAGGAAAACUAAGCGGACACUUAUUCCGCGGAUGUAUAUCGUGAGCCACGUUUUCAGAUAGAAGAAUUGCAAAAGCGCAACGAAUGUAAGAAGCUCUGGUAAUUGUGAAAGGAAAUGAAUUUUUACAAACAUGGAAACUUCCUGUACCGCACUAAGGUAGCUUGUUUGUCAGAAGAUAUAAAAGAGCGUUAUGAAAUUGAAGCAAAUAAUAAACGCUUAAAACAAAUCUAAUGAAUAUGAUUGAAAGUUAUGUAAGAAAUUUGAAGCUGAUCAAGGUGAAAUUAGUCAUUGUGUCCCAUGCUGAAUAAAACCUUUGCUUAUCCUUGAUCAUGCUAUGUAGGUUCUAGGAUUAAAAAAACGAAGGAAAUGAUCAGUGAUGAUUUAUGGUUCGAUCGUUAGUUUGCUGGAGAGUUUACUGCGUAUUAACAACUUGGUUUUCUACUAAUUUGCCUCUUUACGGAAGUAAAUUAUACUUUACCUAUUGAUGUGAGCUGAGGCACGGGAUGAGUGACUGACAGUUGCACGAAAUUCUUCGCCUAGUUUUGAGUCAGUUUAUAAUAUCUUUAGACCUGUCUGAUUUAUCAGUAAAGCUUUUUUUAAAGAUGUUUCGAAUCCCAGUAACGAUUACUAAUCAUUCUAAUAGUUAUGAAAAAAACAUACGUAUACCAUUUGGUGCAUCGAUUGUCAUUUUAUAGUUAUCUUAUUUUGUCGAUUUUCUAGAAUCGAUAUAACAUCAUCACGUGGCUGGAAAUCAAGAAUUUCAGAUUAAUAAAUAUCAGCCGGUUUGAGAAUCAGUUUUUCAAACAGUUUACUUUCCAUUUUGUAAACUUUCGAUAGAACAAUAACAAAAUUUGAUCUGCGAUUUUCGCAACAGAACAAAGUGCUAGGGUAAGAUUGUGGAAUUCAACAAAAAAUCAAACAUAAGCAACUCAAAAGCGGUAAUCAGAGUGUAAGGUUAAUAGGAUUGCGCAAAGCACUCACUGAAUAAUGAAUGACGGGACAAAUGCUAGCGAACAAGUAUAUACAAUAAGCAAGCAAAAAUAAAAGUACACGAAAAAACGAAACGUAGGUUUAAAGUCUUAUAUAAUACAUCUAAAACAAAACAAGUAAAGUAAAUGACCGGGUGACCAGAAGGGAAGCUUUUCGAUUCGAUCUAAGAGUUUAUAAAUCAAAUCAAUAGUUAAUCGUUGAUUUCGUGAAAGCUUUCCUUCCUUUUGAAUUCCCGAGGUAUAAAAGUAAGAUUUACUGGAUGUUUACGUUUUCUUUUAACAAAAUACUAACCAAUCACUAAAAAAACGUUACAUUCACCCUUAUUCUGAAUAACGUCGUAUCGUUUUUUCCCUCGUAUUUCAUUUGUAUUCCCCACAACGCUAGCAAAAUCAAAGGUAGCUAUGAUUCGAUCGAACCACAUUCGAUCGAAAAAUCAAUACGUCGUUAUUCAGAAUAAGGGCGAUUCACUAUUUAGGCUACCGUUGUUUUCAUCCCUCCACCUGUUCCGCACUAUACUAAUAACCAAAGCAAACUGCUUCAAAAAUUAACUUGUGCUGGCGGUUUUUAGAAAGUUUUGCAAUAUACUGCCCAUAGUCGCAUGAUGAUCAAACCAUACGUGGGAUUGUAGUGCCGAUUGUGGGAAAAAUAUUAAAAAAAAAAUCAUAUUGUAUCUAAAUCCAGAUCACUUAUUUUAUUUAGACGUUUACCACAAGCUCCAAAGCAAGUAAAAAGAAACAUUUAGUCUUUAGUACAUUCUGGUGCAAGCGCAUGCAGCAGCAAGAAGAAAAUAUGCAAAUGAAUAUUAUUACGCGAACAAGAGAAACGAAAAUUAGGCCGUAAAAAAGAAAGGUUAUAAGAAAAUGCUGAAAGUGUGAAAUCGAAACAUUAGAAAACAUCUCCAAUUGUUUACCUUAAAAGAAACAGUUUACAGACAGGAAAAAGAAUUAAAGUAAAAAAUUCAAUCCAGGAGAUAAAGUAGAUCAAUGAUUGACAGAAGAUUCAAUAGUUGCACAUUCUUUAAGGGCUUGAAGCUUUGACGAAACUAAUAUGGAAGGGAAAAGGAUAGAUGCGGGAAGCUCUUGCAAUAUAGAGUAUAUCAGCAAAUGGAAAACGAAAACACAACAAUACAACGCCCAGGGAUUUCAUAAAAUCGAGAAAGCAGUAAGCAAACCUAUGUAAGGAUGAACCAAAAACUAAUAGCAAGACAGCUAAACUCUCAAAAUUGCAGAACAAACAACUGCAAAACAUUAACACAAAAUCCGUUUGAUAACGGAAUAUUAGCAAAACCACAAGAUCAAUAUUUGUACGAAAAUGAACAAUGAAAAAAAAACUUUUUGAAUAAAAUAUUUUACGCCUAAAACAAA